CAAUCCAUGUGCUUGUAUACAAAGCUGAUCUCCCUCCUCAGAAAAAGCCGCUCUCUUUCAGCCACCGCCGCCACUGCUCCGCCUCCGGCCGUCUCCUCUCCCGCCAUGAAUACGCCCCUAAAAACCCUCCGCACCCGUCUCUGCAUCAUCGGCAGCGGUCCCGCCGCCCACACGGCCGCCAUUUACGCUGCUCGCGCUGAGCUCAAACCCAUCCUCUUCGAAGGCUGGAUGGCCAACGACAUUGCAGCCGGCGGUCAACUAACAACCACAACCGACGUCGAGAAUUUCCCCGGCUUCCCUGAAGGUAUCCUCGGCUACGAGCUCAUGGAUCGGUGCCGCGCACAAUCUAUCCGUUUCGGCACGGAGAUCUUAUCAGAAACGGUGGAAUCCGUUGAUUUCUCCUCCCACCCUUUCCGAGUCCUCUCUUCCUCCUCAGCGGUGGAUGCUGAUGCUGUCGUCGUCGCCACCGGUGCCGUAGCACGCCGCCUUCAUUUCCCCGGUGCCGAUCAGUUCUGGAAUCGCGGGAUCUCGGCUUGCGCUGUUUGCGAUGGCGCGGCUCCUAUUUUCCGUAACCGGCCCAUCGUGGUGGUCGGCGGUGGGGACUCCGCCAUGGAGGAGGCGAAUUUCCUUACCAAGUAUGGGUCUAGGGUUUUCAUUGUGCAUCGAAGGGAUGCGUUUAGGGCAUCCAAGAUCAUGCAAGCGAGGGCCUUGAGUAAUGAUAAAAUCGAGGUGGUGUGGAAUUCAGAGGUUGUGGAGGCUUAUGGUGAGAAGGAAGGAGGGCCGCUUGGUGGAGUAAAGUUGAAGAAUUUGGUUACAGGGGAGAUGACAAAUCUGGCGGUUUCGGGGCUGUUCUUUGCAAUUGGGCAUGAGCCAGCAACCAAGUUUCUUGGGGGACAACUGGAGCUAGAUUCAGAUGGUUAUGUGGUCACAAAGCCUGGAACAACUCGAACGAGCGUGAAAGGAGUUUUUGCGGCUGGAGAUGUGCAGGAUAAAAAGUAUCGGCAGGCUAUUACUGCUGCUGGAUCAGGCUGUAUGGCUGCUUUGGAUGCUGAACAUUACCUGCAGGAGGUUGGCGCACAAGAGGGAAAGGCUGAUGGAUAGGUAUCAUAUUUGCAUGUGGCGGUUGUCACCGCAGAUGACUCAGAGAGUCUGUUCAGUCAAUCAGAUAAGCAGCAAUGGAACCUUAACAAAAAUAAACUCCGUUCCAAUGUAUUUUAGGAUUAGCUAUGAUAAAGUGUUGUUAAAAUCAUCCGAAAAUAAUUUUUAGCCAAUUGAUAUCAUGUAUUUGAUAGUGUAUUCUGAUUUAUCUAUUCAAUGGAAGACCAAGUGACUUUUUAUAUUUGCUAA